AAAUGAAUGUUAAAUAGUUUCGGUAGUUUACUGUUGACAUCAUUUGGAAUUUUAAUCUAUGUAAAUAUUGAUAAUAUAUUGUAUCAUAUGGUUAGGCGGUUAAUAAGUGAGCGAAGUUAUAUGACUGGAUGGUGUAAAAUGUGCUCGUUUUUCGCGUUACAAAACAUAGGUUAAAAUAUCGUUAAAAUCAAGUCGUAACGCUUUAUUUAACCCUUCAUCUGGACUGCAAAUUUCUCAGGUGCAUUAUAUAAAGAACAAAUGUGAUAGGAAUGCAACAGAAUUAGUUACCGUAAACACUAAACCAUAACAUGGAGAAAUCAACAGAAACCAAUAAUGAAUCUUCAAUACAACCUCUUAGCCAUUUAAUCACAUCGAAACAUCAGUGUCUUGAAUCGCGUCCGGUAUAUACAAAUACGUCGUAUAGCCCGUAUGUAAAUCCAUAUUGUAGUCCUCGGAGUAAUCGCAAGCGCCCCCCUUUACGAGAGUCUCGCCGCGUUUCUAUAGAACAAUCGGGCAGCUUUUUACAAUUAAAUCAAUACAAGCUUAUGGAUCAAAUUGGUCAGGGCUCCUAUGGCUUAGUUAAAUUAGCAUACUCUGAAGAAGACUCCACCCAUUACGCAAUGAAAAUUCUCUCUAAACGUCGAUUGAUACGGCAAGCUGGAUUGACAAAACGUGGUCAACAAAAGCCCAUUUCGCCAUUGGAGAGAGUAUAUCGGGAAAUUGCAGUGCUAAAGAAAAUAGAUCAUCCAAACGUUGUAAAAUUGAUUGAGGUAUUAGAUGAUCCAAUGGAGGACUCGCUGUAUAUGGUUUUUGAACUAGUAAAGCAAGGAUGUGUACUUAACAUUCCAACAGAUUCACCACUAGCUGAAGAUAAAGCUCGAGAUAUUAUUCGGGAAACGAUUCUUGGUUUGGAGUACUUACAUUAUCAGCAUAUUAUUCAUGGUGAUUUGAAACCUGAGAAUCUGCUACUCACUGAAUUUGGGCACGUUAAAAUUGCCGAUCUGGGUGUGUGCAAUGAAUUUUUUGGGGAAGAUGCAAUGAUUAGUAGUGGAACAACUGCAGGUACACCGGCUUUUAGAGCACCAGAAUCACUGCGACUCGGACAGCAUGCAUUUUGCGGAAAAGCGGCUGAUAUUUGGGCUCUAGGAGCAACGCUUUAUGCACUUGUUUAUGGAAACGUCCCAUUUGUUGCAAACUCAAUUCCAAUUCUUUAUGAGAAAAUAAAAACAGAUCAGCUUGUUUUUAAAGACUCUCCAAUAAUUAGUGAACAGCUAAAGGACUGUAUUUUUAAAAUGUUGACCAAAAAUCCUGAAACCAGAAUCAAUUUGCAGCAGUUAAAAGAACAUCCUUGGGUGACAAUAGAUGGAGCACAUCCUCUUCCCAAUGAAAGUGAGAACUGUUGCUUGGUUAAGGUCAGCGAGGAAGAUAUGAAUGCCGUUGUGCAGAGUAUUCCCAAAUUAGAUACUCUAAUUUUAAUAAAGACAAUGUUAAAAAAUCAUUCCUUUGGAAACCCGUAUAGCAUCGAUGUUUUACAACAAUCACAACCAAGCAGUGUUGCCCGAGCGGAACGCUUUGGUCGGGCUGGACGCUCAAAUUCAGCACCUGGAUCAUACAACCAGAUGUCGCCAGCUCAAAUGUUACAAACGGAUCUUGGUUUGUGAAUCAGCACAUACAGCGUGCCUCAGCGUACCAGUACCUGCGUACAUUCCUGCAUACACGCACACUCCACACAUUCAGUUCCAAUAGUCUUGAAGAAGUCAACAGCAAAAACCGUAUCGUAGACAGUUGUUCCUGCGGCAUAAGUUACGUAGAAGCUGAACAGAGCGGAUCUCCUAUUAUUAUGUAUUUAUAAUAUAAUUUUUAUUUAGUGUACGCUUGCAUGGAAAAAUUCGUACGUAUUUUUUCCUUCAUUCUUUAACUUAAUUUGUUAGCGUCUUUUUAAAGUACAAUUCAUACGGCCGCCAUUUUUUUAUUCUAUUUUCCCCAUCCCUCCUAGCAUAAAAACAGCUGCAGUAAUACGUACAUAAGUUUGUUUCUGUAUGCUCAUUACUAGAUGAGUGCAAGAAUAGCUGUGCUUUUUUACGCGCAUAUGCGUCUGCGCUUAAAAUUAUAUAGUAUGAAGCAAUAAGCGCACACUUGUAGAUGCUCUUACGAAAUAGUUGCGGAUGGGACUGGUGAUACCAAAUUUUAUUAUACAGUUUUAUCGGCUUUUUGCUACCUGCUUUAUCGACCAUAAAUAUUAAAUGAAAUGUGAGCAGAGGAGACGUGCGUUGAUAUCGUGCAAUACACUUUCAGAAUUCUGAAAAGAAUAUAAUAUAAUACUAACAUUUCUUAACGCUUGCAUUUUUUAGCUCGUAAUUUACUGUAAUAAAUAUUGGAAUUAAGAGGAAAUCAUAGAAUGAGAGAAUAAAUCAUACGCACAUACGGUUUUUUUAUUUCGCUCAAAUCGUCUAAUUCGCCAAGAACAAAGUAGUAGUUUUCGUAGCCUUCCGAAAUUAAACAAUUAAAUUAUAGUUGGGGAAACAUGCGGUAAAAAAUCCAACUGCAUAUUCACUUCUCUCUCAGUUCUAAACAAAGAAAACCAUCUCUGGCACGCGCAGUAUUUGCCAGAGUUGCAAAAAAUUACCAAAGUACAUUUUUUCUAUAAACUCGUACUCCAAUACGAAACGACGAGAAAAUGCAUGUAUAAAUAUACAUAUAUACGCCUAUUUAGAUAAUUUGUGGGAUUUUUUUUUUAUUCUUUCGAAAUAAAUUGUUGAUUGUUGCUUCAAAUUUCUGAGCUCAUUUCGGUCAUAGGCUUUUAACAUUCUUUAUUGCAUUUUUUGUAGUUAAUACGGACGAAUAUUUAAUUUUGAAUUUUUGUAGUUUAGUCAUAAAAUUAAUUAACAUUUAAGGAUUCGAAUUUUUUAGUAUUAAGAGAAGAGUAUUUGAAUUGUUAAAUAAAUAAAAGGAAAUAAAUUACAUAAUUUUCUUUGACAAUACUCUAAGAAAACCGAA